GUUUGUUCUGGAUCCUGAAUUGUCGGCUUGUGUUCUCUUAGCGGCGGUGGGCUACGUGAAAAUCUGGUCAGCGCAUAGAAUAUCUUUGCACGCGCUGUAUCCAUUCUAGGCAUCCGUUCCUUAGUCCAGUACCUGCAGUUUUCCCAGUGGAAAUUAAAAUGAUUUUAGGGGAGACGACAUCAUGACGUAAAUUACGUAAAUUGCGUAAAACCGAACAAUCAUUCGUGGCAGGAGCACAUUCAAAGGCUGUCGUGCUGGGAACGGGAACAACUACGUCACAUUUAUGGGAGAGAGAAAGAGGAGAAAAAACGAAAACCGAUAGACGGAGGGAAGCAGCAGUCAGUCGUUCCGGAAAAUGAAACCGGACUGCAGCUUCGGUUUGGAGUUGUCUCUUCUGUCCAGGUUGCAUACAUAGCGAGCCAUUCAUUGAGUUAUGCAUCAACGUUAUAAAGGCUAUUUAUAUUAUAGCGCGCAGAGAAUGGUUGAAGCGAACAAACUGCAACUCGUCCAGUCCUGAGAGGACAGGUGAGGCGUAAAUGUGCUAGAUGCGAAUGAGACAAGCAUGUGACGUUAUCAGCGAUGAUAUUGAGUGAGACUGACAGACAGCUACUAUGCUGCUUUAUUCUGCUGUACUGUGUAGCGGUGGAAUAGCUGCGACCUUACUCAUCGCCUGAUUUAUGUGCGCUUGCUAGGAAGCUAGGUCGCAUCGGAAUACUGUAGCUGUUUGGUACCAUAGACAGAAACACCUGUGUGGUGAGUUUAAGCUCGGAAGCCCCGCCACAGGCGGUCGAUCCAGUGGUGUCACUCCCCCGGUACCACCCCGGCGGUAGAGCCCCAGCUCGGGACGGCUCUGGAGUGGGAUAGGGGCUGAAAACGGAGGAUGGGAGGUCGAAAGGAACCGCAGAAGCGGAAUACGAGUAGGCACCGAUAUAACACAGGGUCGUGAUGCCAGGCAUGGUGGUGUUUCGCCGGCGCUGGUCAGUGGGCAGUGAUGACCUGGUGCUCCCCGCCUUCUUCCUGUUCCUGCUGCACUGUGCCUGGCUGGUGAUCCUCUCCAUGGUUGUGUUCAGCCUGGAGUGGGGGCGGUCCUGCUCGGUCACGCUGGUGGACCACGGCCGGGGCUACCUGGGCAUCCUGGUCAGCUGCCUGAUCUGUGAGAGCGCCAUCAUGUGGCUGAGCAUGAGGGGCAGCAUCCUCUACACCCAGCCCCGCGACGCAGUGCAGUAUGUCCUGUACAUACGACUGGCUAUCCUCCUGGUGGAGCUGGUCUAUGCUGUAGUGGGAAUCGUUUGGCUCUGGCAGUAUUACCAGCCCUGUUCUGACGUCAUGGCCAAGAACCUCACUCUCGGAAUUGUGGCAUGUAAUUGGCUGGUGAUCUUCAGUUUCUUCAUCACCCUUCUGUGUACCUUCGACCCCACGGGGCGCACCUUUGUCAAGCUAAAGGCCACACGCAGACGCAAGCGUACCCUCACCACUUACACUCUCAGACACAGGUUAGAGGAAGGCCAGGCCAGCAGCUGGACCCGGAGGCUCAAGUUAAUCAUGUGCUGUACCCGAGCCCAGGACUCCCAGUCUGACGCCUAUGCUGAGGUGGCCAUGUUGUUUGCGGAGUUCUUCAGAGACCUGGACAUUGUGCCCAGUGACAUCAUCGCGGGUCUGGUUCUGUUGAGGCAGAGGCAGAGAGCCAAGCGGUCAACCAUUUUGGAUCAGGUGAGAAAGAACAACAGAGCAAAAGAGGGAGGGCGGAACUCGCAGCCAAACAGCGGUGCCUCUACACCCAAAGCUCGUCGGGUGCACAUCGAAAACCCCCAUGUUUUCUUCGAGGGCAGCGAGUUUCCCAGGGAGUGGCAUAAUGGAGUCAUAACAACGCCACCUGCUCGUGCCAACAAUGACAUUCUGGCCUUUUUAUCUGGAAUACCUGUCACCCGUAACACCAAAUAUCUGGACCUGAAGAACUCUGCUGUGAUGUCCAUGUAUAAGGAUGUGUGCUACUACAUGCUGUUUGCCUUGGCGGCAUAUGGCUGGCCCAUGUACCUCCUGAGGAAGCCUGGCUGCGGACUGUGUCACCUAGCCAGCUCCUGUCCCUGUGUGUCGGUGUCAGGCUCCCAGCUCUCUCAGAUGGUGACAGUAGAGGAGGAUAACUGCUGUGGCUGUAACCUGCUGGCCAUCCGCAGACACUUCCUGGACCAGGACCUGAAGCAGGUCCACAUCAUCUACACUUCCUGUCAUGAUGAUGUUUACGAAACUCCGUUUUUUGUGGCGGUGGAUCACGACAAGAAGAAGGUGAUCAUCAGCAUCCGGGGAACUCUCUCACCCAAAGAUGCCCUGACUGAUCUGACGGGAGACGCAGAACGUUUGCCUGUGGAGGAGCCUCAGGGCACCUGGCUGGGUCACAAGGGUAUGGUCUUCUCUGCAGAGUACAUUAAGAAGAAACUGGAACAGAAUAUGAUUCUGUCACAAGCGUUUGGCCGAGACCUGGGAAAGGGCACUAUGCGCUAUGGGCUGGUGAUCGUGGGGCACUCCCUGGGGGCAGGUACAGCUGCUAUCCUUUCCUUCCUGCUCCGGCCCCAGUAUCCCACACUGCACUGCUACUCCUACUCCCCCCCUGGUGGCCUGCUCAGUGAGGACGCAAUGGAGAUCAGCAAAGAGUUUGUGACUGCUGUGGUUUUGGGGAAGGACCUGGUCCCCAGGCUUGGCCUCUCACAGCUCGAAGGCUUUCGGCGCCACCUACUGGAGGUUUUACAGAAGAGCAACAAGCCGAAGUGGAGGAUCAUCAUGGGGGGCACAAAGUGCAUCCCCAAAUCAGAGCUGCCGAUGGACGACGCCCCCCAGGGCCUGGGCGACACCCCCUCAAACACCCGCCUGUGGCUCCACCCCAGUGACCUCAGCAUGGCCCUGUCAUCCUCCACACCCCUCUACCCACCUGGCAAGAUCAUCCACGUGGUGCACAACCACCCUGCAGAGAGCUGCUGUGGUCAGGAGGAGCCCACGUACUCCGCUCUCUGGGCCGAUAACAAGGCCUUCGAUGAGGUGAUCAUCUCCCCUGCCAUGCUGAAUGAGCACCUGCCCCAUAUGGUGAUGGAAGGCCUCAAUAAGGUUCUAGAGAACUACAACAAGGGGAAGACUGCUUUGCUGUCGGCUGCCAAGAUAAUGGUUAGCCCCACAGAGAUGGAUCUGGCCCCCGACUCCUACCUCCUGGCACCCCCAAAUCCCAACCUCCGCAGGAACAGCAGUGUCCGGUCCUGUGUGCCCUCGGAGUUGUCUCUGGAUGGUUUCUCGGAGUGCGCCCCUACCACAGGAGUGAGCAAGCAUUUUACGGUACAGCACUGGGGUGGUCUGAAGGCACCCUUGGCUGCGACGGAGAGUCUGUCGGAUGCGGAGUCCCUCUACAGCGUGGAUAUCCCACGAUGCUCCCCUAACCCCGCCUUCCCCCGCAAGGCCCCACUCCUCAAGAACUCCUCUGCUGCUGCCACCAGCUAUAGCCCCAGAUACCCCCAUCACCUAUCCCCUGCCAUGGCAAAAUACCCUUUCUACAUCUCCCCUCCUGCUCAGUGCUUCCCUCUCCACCUCUCCCCUCCUACACCCCCUAAAUACCCCCAUCAUCUUUCUCCUCCUGCACCUCCAAAAUACCCCCACCAUCUCUCCCCUCCGACACCGCCUAAAUACCCCCACCAUCUCUCCCCUCCUACACCCCCAAAAUACCCCCACCACCUCUUCCCUCCUACCCCCAGCUACCCUUUCCAUCUCUCCACUCACACACUCCCUAAAUACCCCCACACUCUCUCAGCUGCUAAGCUCUCUCUGGUCCCACAGCCUCGGGCUGUCAUAGACUCCGGUGUCCACCAAGUGGCACCAAACCCAUACACAGACGUGCUCUCCAUGGGCAGCAGGGACUUCUCCCGGACCCUGGCCCUUCCGAGCCUCCACUGCUCCCCCACUGGUCCCCCUCCCGCCCGGGCCGGCCCCCAGGAGCAGGAAGGGGGGAAGCCUCAGCCGGGCCCUGACCCCGCAGCCACACUGCCCCACCAGACAGUGCUGGAGUUCUCCCAGCUCCUGGACGGCCUGCUCCAGCUGGAGAGCCGAGAGACGCCCGCACUGGGCUUCUCCGACGAGGAGUCCGAAUCGGGGCGCGGCUCCUACGACCUGGAGGAGGGGCUGGACGAGGGGGCCAGAACAGGGCAGGACCAUGGCCCAAAACCCGACCAGUCCUCCAGCCUGUCCCUCUCAUCCUCCUUUCCCCUCUCCUCCUCCGGGGAGCUGAAUGACCUUUCACCCUCCGAUGGGAGCCUCCCUCUACAGACUGCUGCUCUCUACUCUGGAGAAAACGUGCUCUCUUCCCUGGUCUGACACAGCUGAAGCUCUCUCUGUCCCUCUCUUUUUCUGUCUAUCCUUUCUUUUUCCCUACAACACUCCAUCUCUCACUCUCACUUUCACACAGUUACUCUUUAUCUCUCCAACACUUCUCUACUCUUUCUCUCUCUCUCUCCCUCUCUCUCUCCCUCUCUCUCUCUCUCUCUCUCUCUCUCUCUCUCUGUACUGAAUGGGGUCAGAAAAGGACUCACUGUACAGGUGUAUGAAGCCAGGUCAUCAGUUACACGGGUACGGUGCCUCAUGGACGAAUAAACACAUGCAUGGAAACCUUUGUUUUUUAAAACGUUGUUGUUAUAAACGGUAUACCCAAGCAGGCAGUGUGCACUGGACUGUCCCCCCCCUCCCCCUUCCCCAUAGUCUCCACACCAUGCUUACAUGAUGCUAACACUUCCUAUGAUGCAUAAUAAACACGUUCAUAACGAAGCUGUUAUGAGUGAUAUACUGUGAUGAAGACGCUAAUGAUAGCUAGCAUUUGAAUUUGAUACUGCAUCAGUUGGAUAGUUUGAAUUCCAACUGAUCGUUCUGAUGAAUUAAAUAAAAUUACAAGUGUUCCAUUUCUUCAAUUUACAGUUGAAGAUGAAUAUAUGACAUAAUUAUGUUCAUAUAUGACAUGAUUAUGAUGCAUAAAAUCUGCAUUAUCACUACUUAUGAAUGCAUUUAUAAAUUAAUAUAGAUACGGGCUUCAUAGAAAGUGUUAGCUUCACCCUUAUCGCUUUACAAGUAGGUUUGGUUCAUGGAUGUGUGAGGAUGUGUGAGAGGAUGUGAGAGAGGAUGUGAGAGGGUGUGUGAGGAUGUGUGAGGAUGUGAGAGGAUGUGUGAGGAUGUGAGAGGAUGUGUGUGAGGAUGUGAGAGGAUGUGCAAGGAUGUGAGAGGAUGUGAGAGGAUGUGUGAGGAUGUGAGAGGAUGUGUGAGGAUGUGUGAGAGGAUGUGAGAGGAUGUGAGAGGAUGUGAGAGAGGAUGUGUGUGGACCAAAGGGAAACUCGCUCAUUCUGUCAUUUCUGUCCAUUUUAAAUCCUAUUUAUUAGAUGCAAAUGUUUUCACUGGCAAACCUUCAUCGGAACCUAAGAGAAAACCGCAAGCUGGUUCCUACACUCAGUGGCCACCUUAUUAGGUAUUUAUUUGACUGAAUGAUCUUCUGCUGCUGUUGCCCAUUCACUUCAGGGUCCGCUGUGGUGUGUUCAGGGAUGCUCUUCUGCAUACCACUGUUGUUGUGUCACCUUCCUGUGAGCUAGAACCAGACUCCCCUGACCUCUCUCAUUAACAAGGUGUGUUUGCCCACAGCACUGCCGCUCUCUGGAUGUUUUUUGUUUUCACAUCAUUCCCUGUAAACACUAGAGACUAAGACUACCCCAUUUGGCACCAAAAAUCACAGUCAAAGUCACUUUCUUCCCAAUUCUGAUGGUUUGUCUGAAAAACAGCUGAACCUCUCGAUCAUUUCUGCAUGCUUUUAUGGAUUGAGUUCUGCCACAUGAUUGGCUGAUUACAUAUUUGCGUGAAUGAGCUGGUGUACAGGUCUACCUAGAUAAAGUGGUCACUGAGUGUCUACAACAUUUCCUGCUGCCGCUUGAUGACACUACAAUUCCUACUGCCACUGUCAAUGAUAAUUUCAUAUGCAUGAUUAUCUACAGAUCUACAGAUUAAAUUCAGUAUGACAACUAAGUGCAGACUAAACAAGAAUUCAUGGAUUAGGAUUUUAAGGUGUGGAGGGGUAUAUCUUUAAGCACGUAGAGAAAUAUCUUUGGAUGGCUGAAUUCCAUCCUGUAAAUGAAAAGUAAAUGUCUAGUUUAUCACAAUACACUAUUCUCAUAUUGAAAUAAAAAAACAAAACAUUUGCAGUCCUAUUAAGAUGUAUAGGAAUGCGUGAAUAUUACAUGAUGUUUGAAAUGUCAAGCUUUUAUUGUAUCUAUACACCAGUCAUUUAAUAUUAAAACAAUUUGCAAAAUAAUAGAAAAACCAUUAUUAACCAUUUAUUUAGACUACUCGUUAAUCAGACAAUGGUCAUACUUAAACUUUUAAAGGUGGUUAGUGGGCUUUUUAAAGAAAUAAAACAGCUGAUAUUUAUAAGUAAUACAUUUUCAUUACUUAAAAAUAGCAAUACCUACAGACUGAUUAUCCACAACCAGCCAAUGUCAAUUGUCUUUUUGUGGCUACAUUUAUUUAGAGUCAGAAUCAGAAUUUAGAAUAUUUUCUAUAAGGCUUUUUCUAAAGAUUAGAAAAUAUUUGAGCAAUGAUGGGUAACUACCCCCUCUGUUUAUCUUUUCCUUUUAUGGUAAAUUCUGUUGUUUUUGCUAUGAACAUGCUCUGGUGAAGAUUUUUCAAAGGAACUUUAGCACUCAAUAAAAAUGACAUGAAUCCAAA